AUGAGUCAUGUUGUUAGGAGAGCUUCUCACGCCGGUAGUUGGUAUUCUGCAGAACGUGCUAAGCUAAACAACCAGUUGCAGAAAUGGUUGUCUGAAGUAACUGUUGAUAGACAACCAGCCCGUGCUAUCAUUUCACCACAUGCUGGUUAUGACUAUUCGGGGCCUUGUGCUGCGUUUGCAUACAAACAAAUAGACCCUCGUCACAUUAAACGUAUUUUCGUAUUAGGUCCUGCACACUAUAUGAGCCUCAGAGGAAAAUGCGCUCUAUCCACAGCAGACUUCUUCGAGACUCCGUUGUACUCUUUGUCAAUUGGUAAAGAUGUAUAUCGAGACCUUGAAGAAACAGGGGAGUUUGUUAGUCUACCUUUGGACAGAGACGAGGAAGAGCAUUCCAUAGAGAUGCAAAUGCCGUAUAUAGCGAAGAUGAUGGAAGGUUACCAAGGGAAAUUCUCUGUAGUACCAAUUUUAGUAGGAUAUUUAACUCCAGAAAGGGAAGCAGUUUAUGGUCAGAUUUUCUCUCGAUACCUAUCAAAUCCUGAAAACUUCUUUGUGAUAUCUUCUGAUUUUUGUCACUGGGGAAAAAGGUUUCAGUACACCUACUAUGAUCAAAGUAAAGGAGCAAUCUGGCAAUCCAUACAAGCACUUGAUGAAACAGGAAUGGAGUUAAUUGAACGACUUGCUCCUUCUGAAUUUACAAGUUACUUAGAGCAAUAUGGUAACACCAUAUGCGGAAGACACCCGAUAGGCGUACUACUGCAAAUUGUUGCGUACUUACGAAGGAAUAUGCCCAAUAAUAAUUUUAACAUGAAGUUUGUACGAUAUGCUCAAUCAGAACACUGUAAUAAUAUGAACCAAUCAUCUGUCAGCUACGCAGCCGGUGUGCUACAAAUAUCUUGA